AUGGGACGCUCGCAGCCAGCGCCCGCAAAGAAGCAGGCACUGACUCUGGCACAAUUGGCUGCGUAUGACGAUAUCUCGACCGAUGCACUCGUUGACCACGUGCUAUACUGGACUUCGGUGCCCAAGAACCGAUCCACCUACCACCCGUCUCGUGGUGUAAAGGGGGACGAGAUUGUCAAGAUCGUUCAGGAGGAGCUUGUGCUGAAGAAGGACCUCGAUGGAGCGAUGAAGAGAUUAAUGGCGACCGACGGUAUCCGCAGGUUCGCCAAUUGUCUCAAGACCGACAAGGAAAAGGACGACUUUCAACGACACCUCAGACGCUAUACACAGAUCUACUUGCCUGACUGCCCCUGGGAGGUCAAUUCAACCAAUCGCUACACCAUUGUGAGCCACGAGGCCGCCAUCACAGCACGACGAUUUAUCCGGCGCAACGAGUCCAUCAAGUACUUGUCCGGCAUUCAGGUUGUCAUCACACCCGAGGAAGAAAAGGAGAUGACCACCCGUAAGAAGGACUUUAGCAUUGUAGUCAGCUCGAGGAACAAGUGUACCAGCCUGUUCAUGGGCCCUGCCCGCUUUGCGAACCAUGACUGCGAUGCCAACGCAAAACUGGUCACCACAAGUCACGCCGGUAUUGAGAUUAUUGCAACCAGGGAUAUCCAGUCCGGGGACGAAAUUACGGUUACAUACGGAGAAAAUUAUUUUGGGGAGGACAACUGCGAGUGUCUCUGCAGAUCGUGUGAGGACAAUCUACGGAACGGAUGGGAGCCGGAGGAUGGGACUGCCCCUGCCCGGGAGAGCGUUGAGGAAUCCAGGCCGGAAAUCUAUGCAUUACGACGGCGGAGGAGAGACGACAGCAUCGGUGGCUCAUCCCGAACAUCUUCUGUGACACCCAUCGUCCGCCCCAAGGUUCUAAAAACUAGGUUAAAGGGGUCUCGCCUCAGCGCCGCAGGUGAUGCCUUCUCCGCGGCCGGGUCCCCUGUGCCAGACCAAUCUCCACGAGGACGGAAACGACCGAUUGACGCACUAGCUUCACCACCCAAAACGCCAUCAAAGAGGUUAAAAUGCCUGACUAGUACUCGAGUCUCUGAUAGUGUUACUUCGAGGAGCUGUUCGAUGUCACGCAGUGGCUCUUCGAGCGGUGGGGAAGCUGUCGAGACGGAUGUCACCUCACCAGAAAAAGAGAGCCCUGAACCGACGAUGCCGACUCCUGCCAAAGAAUCGACUGUACUGCAGAUGAAGAUGCACCUGGCAGCGGAUCCCAAGAGCAUGACAAUUCAGUCGAUUCUCAACACGCCCACCACCGAGACACCGCAGGAGCACCCUGAUACCAGUCCUAUCGCAGUGAGCAUCGAGCCUGUCGAGGAGGGAGACUCGGUUGCGCCGGAGGAAGACGCCCCAAAACCGACCAAGAAAUACCAACGAAGAGUUUUUAUCAAACAAACCACACCUCCAGCUCAGCAUCGCACACCGGGCGACUACGUUCUCACACCACUUCUUCUCUCGGAGCCAGCCAUGGCAUGGAUCCAGUGCUCUGUUUGUCCGACGUACUUUGUACAGCAGAACGCGUACUUUACAAGAUCCUCAUGUCCACGAUGCGAGAGACAUUCCAGAAUUUACGGCUAUAUUUGGCCUAAGACGGACAGGGCCGGUCCUUCAGACAAGGAGGAGCGUGUUCUGGAUCACAGGACGAUCCAUCGGUUCCUGGACCCCAAUGACGAACGUAGGGCACGUGGGAGAAAGAUGGCCGAAAAAGAGGUUACACCAGAAGAGGAAUCUGAAGAAGAGGAGGCCCCUCCACGGGGUCGACGCAUUAAGAGAGGGCGCCCAAGGAAGGCAGACCAGCAGAAGAGAGCGGCGGAGGAGUCGGCUCCGCGUGCCAAGUCAGCACCUGAAUCUGCCAGCGGAGUCCGACGUAGUGGUCGAAGCCGUAGGGUGAGUAGCAAGCUUGUUGAAUGUUAG